UUUUAAAUGUAAGUUAAUGGAAAAUUUAUUUUGGAGGUUGAAUAAAAUAGAAUUUCAAAGCUUGAAACAUCUUUGGACUUUGUGAACACCUGCAAUAUAAGAUGAUUACUGUUUACAAAGUUUACUAGUAAUACAAAUACAUUAGUUUACAGAGAACUUUAGUAUCUCAUAAUUCUUAACAAUGACCCUGUGAUACAGGUAGAGAUUAUCACACCUAAUUUCUUUGGUGAGCAAACCAGCUCAAAGAGCUUAGGUUAUUUACCAAAAUCGAAUAUUAAGUGAUAAAACCAGGGUUUGAGCCCAGGUUUUCUCAAUCUAAGUACAGCAGUCUUUCUAGAUUACUAUGAUUCUCAGAAGAUUUUUUAGCUUUUUGGUCAAGGCUGUCAAAAAGGAUAAUUUCCAACUAAUAUCUGUUACCUAAGAGUUGUCCCUUGUUCUGAAUUGACAACAUGAAACUUUUCAUAAGACUAAACUUUGGCUUAGCUAAUAAAAUUUUCGGCUUUUUUCUCCUACUCAUACAAUAAAUUUGGCAAAUAAGUUUCUUAUGAACUUACCAGUAUUUUGCAAAGACAACUAUGCACAUGUAUUUAAUGGUCAUUUAGAUUUGUUAGCUUUUAUAAAGGCUGAAAAUGUGGUUUAUUUGAGGCUAUAUUGAAAAAAAUAUACUUGAGCUUUUCCUAAAGCAUAAAAUAACAUGGAGUGUGAUUUAGCUAACACAAUUAGUCAAGGAAUCUCAAGAGAAAUGUGGUUUAGAUCUUUACAAAGCACUUUUUUUUCCCAGAGAAUGUUCCCAGCAAUAACAUGAAAUAAAAUAUAAUUUCAUUGCUAUUUGAUAGUAAAUCCUAGUUUCCACAGGGAUUCUGACUAAUUUAAUUGCUUUCUGCUAGUUGUAUUUGAUUUAAAAACUGUUCUAAUAUAGAGAAUUUCAUCUGCAGAGAAAAUCUUUACUUGGUUAAGAGUUCAUCAUAUAGAUAAACAUACUGGGCCUCACAUUUGAUGGCAAAUGAAACAACAAAGUUAUCCCACAGCUGUCAUUUAUGUUAACUGCUUAAUAUGUUCCAGGCACUAUUCUAAGCAAUGUGAAGAUUAAGUUAGUUAGUUAAUUUAAUCUGCACAGUAGCUCUACCAUAAGCUUACUAUUUCUGUUCUAUUUUAUACAUAAGGAAGGAGACAAAAUAAGUGAUUUUUUUCUGUCAAGGAAGGACAUUUGCAAGAAAGUUUCAUUACAAAAACUAAAUUUGUUAUGUACGUAGCUGUGUAUUAUUGAAGUAGGUAGAUAUAGUCAGUCUGAAUAUUAUAUGCUUAUAUAUCUUAGUCCCUAGGAAAACCCGGAGAACAUGUGACUCUAUCAGGUUCAACUAAUAGAUUCAGAAAAGCUGGAAAAAUCAGUGAAUUAUAUGUGAAACACAUUAUUCUUAAUGGACUGCUUGUUAAAGGCAAGGAGAGUGUCAGUAAAGAGCUUAGCUAGCUAGAUUAGAAUAAAGAAAUUGUCUCUCUCCAUCUGUCCUAAUUAGCUUAACUCACCUGCUUUUAUAGCAUGCUGGUUAUUUCAGAAAAGAAGUGAGAGCUGCUUUGAAAGGACAACCGUUUUUCUUUAUGCUAAUUUAUAAUGGUUUUGAAGUGGUUGUUCAUUCUCAAACACAGGUUUUUAAAUGUUAGGUCUUUCCUAUAACUCUUUGUUAUUGGAAGUUUCAAGGAUUUGGACGCUCAGUUAAGGAUUUUGUCCUCUCCUCAUUCCUUUGGUUUUGGCUCAAAUGAUUAUGUUUCCUUUUUUUGGGAAGAUUUCUUUGGGUAUUUUGAUAUUUGUCCUGAUAGAAGGAGACUUUCCAUCAUUAACAGCACAAACCUACUUAUCUUUAGAGGAGAUCCAAGAACCCAAGAGUGCAGUUUCUUUUCUCCUGCCUGAAGAAUCAACAGACCUUUCUCUAGCUACCCAAAAGAAACAGCCUCUGGACCGCAGAGAAACUGAGAGACAGUGGUUACUCAGAAGGCGGAGAUCUAUUCUGUUUCCUGAUGGAGUAAAAAUCUGCCCAGAUGAAAGUGUUGCAGAGGCUGUGGCAAAUCAUGUGAAGUAUUUUAAAGUUCGAGUGUGUCAGGAAGCUGUCUGGGAAGCCUUCAGGACUUUUUGGGAUCGACUUCCUGGGCGUGAGGAAUAUCAUUACUGGAUGAAUUUGUGUGAGGAUGGAAUCACAAGUAUAUUUGAAAUGGGCACAAAUUUUAGUGAGUCUGUGGAACAUAGAAGCUUAAUCAUGAAGAAACUGACUUAUGCAAAGGAAACUGUAAGCAGCCCUGACCUGUCUUCUGCAGUUCCUGUUGGCGAUACUUCAACACUGGGAGACGCUACUCUCAGAGUUCCACAUCCAGGGGUGGACUCCUAUGAAGGUGCCUCAGAGAGCAGCUUGGAAAGGCCAGAGGAGAGUAUUAGCAAUGAAAUUGAGGAUGUGAUGGAAGAAGCCACAAAACCAGCAGCUGAACAGAUUGCAGAAUUCAGUAUCCACCUUCUGGGGAUGGAAUACAGGGAAGAACUCCAGGAUUCCUCCAGUUUUCACCACCAGCACCUUGAAGAAGAAUUUAUUUCAGAGGUUGAAAAUGCAUUCACUGGCUUACCAGGCUACAAGGAUAUUCGUGUGCUUGAAUUUAGGUCUCCCAAGGAAAAUGACAGUGGCGUAGAUGUUUACUAUGCCGUUACCUUCAAUGGUGAGGCCAUCAGCAAUACCACCUGGGACCUCAUUAGCCUUCACUCCAACAAGGUGGAAAACCACGGCCUUGUGGAACUGGACGAUAAGCCCACUGUGGUGUACACCAUCAGUAACUUCAGAGAUUAUAUUGCUGAGACACUGCAGCAGAACUUUUUGCUGGGGAACUCUUCCUUGAAUCCGGAUCCUGACUCCCUGCAGCUUAUCAAUGUGAGAGGAGUUUUGCGUCACCAAACUGAAGAUCUAGUUUGGAACACCCAAAGUUCAAGUCUUCAGGCAACGCCACCAUCUAUUCUGGAUAAUACCUUUCAAGCUGCAUGGCCCUCAGCAGAUGACUCCAUCACCAGCAGUAUCCCACCACUUGAUUUCAGCUCUGGUCCUCCCUCAGCCACUGGCAGGGAACUCUGGUCAGAAAGUCCUUUGGGUGAUUUAGUGUCUACACACAAAUUAGCCUUUCCCUCGAAGAUGGGACUCAGCUCUUCCCCAGAGGUUUUAGAGGCUAGCAGCUUGACUCUUCAUUCUGUCACCCCGGCAGUGCUUCAGACUGACUUGCCUGUGGCUUCUGAGGAAAGGACUUCUGGAUCUCACUUGGUAGAAGAUGGAUUAGCCACUGUUGAAGAGUCAGAAGAUUUUCUUUCUAUUGAUUCACUGCCUUCAAGUUCACUCACUCAACCUGUGCCAAAAGAAACAAUACCACCCAUGGAAGACUCUGAUGUGUCCUUAACACCCUCACCAUAUCUGACCUCUUCUAUACCUUUUGGCUUGGACUCCUUGACCUCCAAAGUCAAAGACCAAUUAGAAGUGAACCCUUUCCUGCCAGAUGCAUCCAUGGAAAAAGAAUCAAUAUUUGAGAGUGGUUUGGGUUCAGGGUCUGGGCAAAAGAGGGAUCUGGUUACUUGGCCAUGGAGCGACACUUCAUCAGAGAGCACUGAACCACUGUUGAAGCCAUGGCUUGAAGACGACGAUUCACUCUUGCCAGCUGAGAUUGAAGAUGAGAAACUAGUUUUAGUUGACAAAAUGGAUUCCGCAGACCAAAUUAGUAAGCACUCAAAAUAUGAACACGAUGAUAGAGCCACAGUUACCAAAGCACCUCUUCUACGGACACCUGUAGCAACCUCUACUUAUGAAUCAGACCAGGCGGGUGCCAUCCUAAGGGAGGAUGUGGAACAAACUACCGAGUCAUCCAACUAUGAAUGGUUUGACAGCGAGGUUUCAGUGGUAAAGCCAGAUAUGCAGCCUUUGUGGACCAUACUGCCAGAAUCAGAUAGAGUUUGGACAAGAGCUUCUUCCCUGGAGAAGUUGUCCAAAGACACAUUGGCAAGUACACCACAGAGUACUGACAGACUCUGGUUGAAAGCUUCCAUGACACAGUCUACCAAAUUGCCUCCAACCACAAUCUCCACCCUGCUAGAGGAUGAAGUAAUUAUGGGUGUACAGGAUAUUUCAUUAGAACUGGACCGGAUAGGCACAGAUUACUAUCAGCCUGAGCUAGUCCCAGAGCAAAACGGCAAGGUUGGUAGUUAUGUGGAAAUGUCUGCAAGUGUUCACUCCACAGAGAUGGUUAGUGUGGCGUGGCCCACAGGAGGAGAUGACUUGAGUUAUACUCAGACUUCAGGAGCUUUGGUGGUUUUCUUCAGCCUCCGAGUGACUAACAUGAUGUUUUCAGAAGAUCUGUUUAAUAAAAACUCUUUGGAGUAUAAAGCUCUGGAGCAAAGAUUCUUAGAGUUGCUGGUUCCCUAUCUACAGUCAAAUCUCUCGGGGUUCCAGAACUUAGAAAUCCUCAACUUCAGAAAUGGCAGCAUUGUGGUGAACAGCCGAAUGAAGUUUGCCAGUUCUGUCCCUCCUAACAUCAACAAUGCGGUGUACAUGAUUCUGGAAGACUUUUGUACCACUGCCUACCAUACCAUGAACUUGGCUAUUGAUAAAUACUCUCUUGAUGUGGAAUCAGGUGAUGAAGCCAACCCUUGCAAGUUUCAGGCCUGUAAUGAAUUUUCUGAGUGUCUAGUCAACCCCUGGAGUGGGGAAGCAAAGUGCAGAUGCUUCCCUGGAUACCUGAGUGUGGAAGAACGGCCCUGUCAGAGUCUCUGUGACCUACAGCCUGACUUCUGUUUGAAUGAUGGAAAGUGUGACAUUAUGCCUGGACACGGGGCCAUUUGUAGGUGCCGGGUGGGUGAGAACUGGUGGUACCGAGGCGAGCACUGUGAGGAGUUUGUGUCUGAGCCCGUGGUCAUAGGCAUCACUAUCGCCUCCGUGGUUGGACUUCUUGUCAUCUUUUCUGCUGUCACCUACUUCUUCAUCAGGACUCUUCAAGCACACCAUGACAGGAGUGAAAGAGAGAGCCCCUUCAGUGGCUCCAGCAGGCAGCCUGACAGCCUCUCAUCCAUUGAGAAUGCUGUGAAGUACAACCCGGUGUAUGAAAGUCACGGGGCUGGAUGUGAGAAGUAUGAGAGACCCUACCCUCAGCAUCCUUUCUACAGCUCUGCCAGUGGAGAAAUGAUUGGUGGUCUGAGCAGGGAAGAAAUCAGACAGAUGUAUGAGAGCAGUGAGCUUUCCAGAGAGGAAAUUCAAGAGAGACUGAAAGUUUUGGAGCUGUAUGCCAAUGAUCCUGAGUUUGCAGCUUUCGUGAGAGAGCAACAAGUGGAAGAGCUUUAACCAAACUCCUGUUCUGAAACUGAUUCGAAGACUAGAGAAGAUGGACAUUACUUGUUACUUAUGUCAUAUAAUUAGCCUGGAUUUUGAACACUACUGGAAGAAGAGUUUUCUAUUUAAAAAAAAAUGUAGGGCACACUGUGUGGUUUUUUUUUUUUCAGCAUAAGUUUUCAAAAUGUAGUAAGAGAUGUUACCAUUUUUAUUUCUAUAAUGGCCGAAAGCUGUGUUUAAAGAAGUUGAAGACUACAUAAACUCUGGAAAGUAUUCCAUAAGAAAAAGCUGGACCUGGGCGUUAGGGCUGCAGUUGCUGUCUGCUUCUGAAUCAUUGAGGGUGUCUCCUAAGAACUGUGCCUCGAGUUUCUCAAUAGGAAAAUAAGGUGAGAUUCUUACAUGGAGAAGUCAGGCUUAGUAAGGGAAUAUUUUGGAGUAUAUUUGUUAUUAUUGGGUAGAAUGGGGAAACCUUUGAAGUAGUCUUAAUGUAUGCAUAGCUCGUAGGCAUUCAUCUAAAUAAAAUAUUUUCUUUCUUUUUUUUUGAUCAAA